AUGCGGAGUCCCUCGGCUUCCCACCGCCAUCAGCAGCAGCAGGCGUGCGCUACUAUUGCUGCUGCAGCAACAGUAGCUGCCGCAGCAACAGUAGCUGCAGCAGCAACAGUAGUUGCAGCAGCAAUAGUAGCUGCAGCAACAACAGUAGCUGCAGCAGCAGCAACAGUAGCUGCAGCAGCAGCAACAGUUGCUGCAGCAGCAGCAACAGUUGCUGCAGCAGCAGCAACAGUUGCUGCAGCAGCAGCAACAGUAGCUGCAGCAGCAGCAACAGUAGCUGCAGCAGCAAGAGCAGCAGUAAGAGCAGCCGCUGCAGCAGUAACAGUAGCUGCAGCAGUGACAGCAGCAGCAAGAGCAGCCGCUGCAGCAGGAGCAGCAGCUGCAGCAGUGACAGCAGCGGCAACAGCAGCCGCUGCAGCAGUAACAGCAGCUGCAGCAGUAGGAGCGACAGCAGCAGCAAGAGCAGCCGCUGCAGCAGUAACAGCAGCUGCAGCGGUAACAGCAGCUGCAGCAGCAACACCAGCUGCAGCAGUAACAGCAGCUGCAGCAGCAACAGCAGCCAAUGCAGCAGCAACAGCAGCUGCAGCAGCAACAGCAGCCAAUGCAGCAGUAACGGCAGCUGCAGCAGCAAUAGUAGCUGCAACAGCAACCGCGACUGCAGCAGCAAUAGCAGCUGCAACAGCAGCUGCAGCAGCAAUAGCAGCUGCAACAGCAGCUGCAGCAGCAAUAGCAGCUGCAACAGCAGCUGCAUCUGCAACAGCAGCUGCAGCUGCAACAGCAGAUGCAGCAGCAACAGCAGCUGCAGCAGCAAUAGCAGCUGCAACAGCAGCUGCUGCAGCAACAGCAGCUGCAACAGCAGCUGCAGCAGCAACAGCAGCUGCAGCAGCAACAGCAGCUGCAGCAGCAACAGCAGCUGCAGCAGCAACAGCAGCUGCAGCAGCAACAGCAGCUGCAACAGCAGCUGCAGCAGCAAUAGCAGCUGCAACAGCAGCUGCAGCAGCAGCAGCAGUAACAGUAGCAGCAGCAGCCAAAGCCUAA